AAUUGUUUAUCCGAUACGAAUAGUUUUUCGAGAUAAAUUAUUGCGCGAUUUUGUUAUUCGUAGAACCGUGCAAUUAAAUAGGUUCUUGUCUAUGCUAGCGUACAAUCAAACAAAGCAGAUCCCUAAUUUUAUACGUUCUUGUGUAGGUUAAGGUGUUUCAUGGUUCAGCACUUGGCCGUAUGGUGCAGCAUUAAUCCUGAAACAACCAGAAUAAUAACUGUUGGCCCUCUGUCAUAGCUUGUAAACAAGAAACAAAAGCAGUCGCAAAAAAUGGACGCACGGAGACGGGAUAGAGAGCAAAUUGGGUUAUGUGGUGUUGAUAGAAUUUGGGGAAAAUCACCAACUCGAAUCGAAGAUUCUGACGAAAAUGAGGAGACUAAUAAGUAUAAAGACAGUAUUAUACCAAAAGACAGAAAAAGGAAACAUGAGAUGAAAAAGAAGUCUUUUCUUGUGAGUUAUAAUAAAUGUUCUUUAUCAUUGUUUCAGAAAAGUAAAAAACAAAAGAAAGAAAAGAAAGCUAAGAAAGACAAAAAAAAGAAACGGAAAAGGAAAAGGUCAGAUAGUAGCUCUGACAGCGAACCUGAGGAAUAUGAAUGGGUGGAAAAGAAUGGAAUUAAUGAUAAAGCAAAGGUUAAAAAGGGAUCAAGUUCAGAUGAGAGUGGUGAUGAAGUAGUGGGACCAGUUCAAAAGCCACAUGUCACAUUAUCUGCUAAAGAUUUUGGCAAGGCUCUUUUACCUGGUGAAGGUGCUGCUAUGGCUGCAUACGUUGCAGAAGGAAAACGUAUACCUAGAAGAGGUGAAAUUGGCCUAACUUCAGAAGAGAUAGCAGCAUAUGAAUCUGUUGGCUACGUUAUGAGUGGUAGUAGACAUCGGCGGAUGGAAGCUGUUCGAAUCCGUAAGGAGAACCAAAUUUAUUCUGCUGAUGAGAAACGAGCAUUGGCUAUGUUUAGUAAAGAAGAACGACAGAAGAGAGAAAAUCUUAUUUUGGGGCAAUUCAGAGAGAUGGUUAAUCAGAAAUUAGCUCAGGAACAAAAGAAAAAGUAAUGUAAUUAUUUGACAUAUAAUUUUUGAUCUUAUUUGACAUAACAAGAAGUUAUGUAUAAAAGAAGUGUAUAUAAGAAUCGAAUACAUUGUAAAAUAUUAUUUAUAUGUAUGUAGAUGUGUAUAUAUAUGGAAAUAGAUGUAAAUAUUAUUAUCUUAAUUGAUUAUAUAUCAUAUGAUACAUUAUUUAUCAAUGAGGUUUAGCUUGGAAAAUUUUCAUAUUAAACAAUUAAUGACAGUUUAUUAAUGUAAGUUAGGAAAUUUUAUAUAAGUGUUUACUAAUAUUUAUAAAUAAAUAUAUCUACUCAUGUAAAAAUAAUUAUAAUAAUAGCUUAUACUUUAUGAUUGCUUUCCCAGUCUAGCCAUCCUCCAACAUAAUUGUAUGCGCUAAAAUGUAAAUAAAUAGGUUUAAUUAAUACAUUUGUAAAA